AUGGCAAACCUGAACUUCAAUGCUCUUAGAGACUUACAUAACUCCGCUAAUGACCUCCUUCACUCACCGAUGAUCAAGCGGGCGCUUGUUCACCAGGGGCAAGAAAAAUGGGUUCAUCAAGUUUCGGAAGCAUCUCUGAGAAUGCUGGAUGCUUGCGGCAUUUCCAGAGAUGUUCUGUCGCUUGUCAAGGAACAUGUGCAAGACCUACAAUGUACUUUGCGCAGAGUGAGCACCGAUGAGCCAGACGUUGGAACCAAAAUUGGAGUUUACAACCGGUAUGCAAAGAAACUAAAGAAAGAGACCCUGAAAUGUUUGCACUCGCUUAAAGGGAUGAGAAACAGGUCUAUCACUUCUGACAUACUAUCACCUAUAGACGACAAUCUCAUGAUGGUAGUCGAUGUGAUGAGAGAAGUGAGAGAGAUCCGUGGUGAAGUCACUUCUGUCUCUCAUUUCCAUACCCUGGUUAGAGAGAAAAUCGGCUAA